CUAGAUUAUGGGAAUCCAUUAGUGGAAGAAUGGUUUUACAAUAUGAAGGUGCUACGCAUAAGGAUAAUACACUACAAACAACUUUUACUUAUAAUGAAGAUUAUGUUCUUAGUAGCGAUGAAGUACACAAUACCGUUGUAUGCUGGGAUUCACGUACCGGGAAAUGUCUUAAACGUUGGGGUGGACAUGCCAGUACUAUUAGAUGUAUUGCUGCAUCACCAACAGAACCUGGAUUUAUUA